AUGUCUAAUUACGCUGAAAGUGUGGUUGAGUCAGCCGGAACGGGAUGCAACAACGGUACGGCCCAUCGAGAACCCUCAGAACAAACGCCGAUGGCGAGGCAAACCUGGAACGAUAGCUCUCACGCACAGCGCCCCGAGCCUGGAUCUCCGCAAAGGCCGGUUGCUUCGCCAAAAACCACCGACCCCUUACCCACGGGAUCCAGGUUUGACCCAUCAGACCGUGUCCGACAAAAAAUGCGAAACGAAGGUCUCGCAGGCCUCGUACCUGAAGGUAGGCAAUCAUGGGCGUCAUCGUAUACUUUAUCCGAACCGAUACGGAAACCAAAACAGAGCUGGCUGGCAAGGCUUACUAGGAGAUGCAAGGCCAAGAAGCCUCCUCCUACUGAUUUCUUCGCGUCGUCCUCGAGAAGUUCCCUAGCUAGGCCCGCCUCGGUCUCACCUGCACCGGGAAAAUGGUGGGGCGCGUCGGGAUCUGUGCUCAGCGUUAAGCCGCAGAAGAAGAGGGCCAUUUUCUCGAGAUGGACUUCGAAACGGCGCAGGAGAGCGGCAUGUUGGGGUAACCAGGAAGAAGAGGAGGAGGAUGAGGGGGUUUAUACAUCAUCGUGCUCUUCAUCGUUAGCUCCCAGCGGUACAUGGAAACGCAGCUUGCUUGCUUCAUUCGUAAUAUCAGACCGAUAG